AUGAAUCGAAGGCAUAUGCUCCUCAAAGUGAUCAUCAUUGUGGGUGUAUUGCUGCUCCUGCUGUGCACACAGAGCGCGGAUGCUAACGGCCAUCAGAAAAAGAAAAAGGUCACAAUUCAUGUACCAGUUCACAAGAAAAUCGAGAAGCAUACACAUACCGUUAUAAAACAUAUACAUCAUCAUCACAAGCCGAUUGUCAUCAAGGAAGAAAAAAUCAUACACGAGGAACAUCAUCCGAUCAUACACAAGGAGCAUAUCUCGCACGAGCAUAAGCAUCAUCAUUCGGAAAAGCACGAGCAUGUACAUCCAAUUAUCGAAGAAGAGGAAGAGCAUAUACACCAUCACCACCAGUACGAACACUUGGAAGAGAGUCAUGAGAGUUGA